AUGGCUCACGAAACAGUUUGGUACUCUCGCCCUCGCACCUACGGAAAGGGUAGCAGAUCAUGGUAUGUUUUUCGCAGGUACGGUGUGUAAUUUGUGGAAUCCGGAGCUAAUUAUUCGGGGGGUAGCCGCGUCUGCGCUCACAGGGCCGGUUUGAUUCGUAAGUACGGACUCAACAUCUGCAGGCAGUGCUUUAGGGAAAAGUCCGCCGACAUUGGUUUCGUCAAGGUAUAUCUCCCCCUAUGGGUUCAUUACUGGGUGGGUGGGAUUGGGAUUGCUGAUUUUUGUAUUAGAUGCGAUAAAUCGAGUCGGUGGACGGCUGGAGGGAGGGGACAGUGUGAAGGGGUCCCGGGGGAGCUCAUAAAAACUGGGAGGGGUGUUUUUUUUUUUCCUAGGUUUCCGUAUACGGAAUGUUACCAAAUAAAUGAACGGGAAUGUUUAAAUGGGAUUGGUGUUUAUGUGGAUCAUGGAUUGGCAGAUGUGAAGAUCCCUGAAGCCCUCGAGGGCCGGUAUUGGCGACACUUUGGCAUGCGGCUGUGGCAGUUUUCUUUGGUUUUUGAGGCCGGAGUUUCUGCUUGGUAUGAUAUUUUGAUAAUGCGGACUUACAGGCAUCGGCAACUAUGGUGGCCGUGUUCGCCAA